AUGGACUUGGGCCGAAGCCGGGAAUCGCCGGCGCGGAGCCUUCGUCCGGAAGUGUUGGGCAUCGACUGUGGCGGGCACAGGAACGGGUGUAAACACGAAGACCGCAUACAGCGCGCAGGAACGGAAGUCGCGAGAGAGAUUCUGUGCGCCCAUCCGAGGCGCGAGUCGCUCAGCGAGUCUCCUGUCUUGUCCUCUGCGCUUCGGUCGCCCGUAUUCUUCUUGGCUGCUUCCUUUUCCUCCUCCGCGCGCUCCGCCCCUCUUUCUCCUUCAACGGAUUCCGCCACCCUCUCGCGCUCGCGCCUUACACCUCUCCUCCCUUCCCUUUCCUCUCCGCUCUCGCCUUCCGCGCCUCCGUGUUCUGAGCCUUCGUUUUCUGAGCCGUCGUGCUCUGAGCUGUCGCCUUCCGCGUAUCUUUCGGAGGCUCCUCGUGCCUCUUCGGGUGCGUCGCUCUGCGUGGGAAAAGGUGUCUCUUUCUCUUCCGCAAAUUCUCGCUCCCUGCGUUCCGCAAACAGAACAUCCCAUCAGCCUCCUUCACAGCGAAGGCUGCUUGCGGAUUCCGACCGGCCGAGCCCCCGGGACAGCACGGGUGCACGCGGGACAGUGCCCGAAACGGCGCGGCGAGCGUCGCCCGCCGUCCCUUCCGGAGGGGAUUUCUCUCCACCCCAGGUACGCGCCUCUCAGGACCGGUGCCCGCAGGAGACGCACAAACUCACCGGCGACUUGGGAGAUGCCAUCCGCGAAAUCUACCGUUUGAGGGCUUCGAUCUUUGCGCGUGCGUCCUGCGCCGUUCGCCACCGCUCAGGCCGACUGUCUCAGCGCGAGGCGAUCUUUGGCUGUCUGCUUCACCGUGCGCAAGCUGUCACGAGUCUCCUCCUUCGACUUCGAUCCGAGCUCCUCGAGGCGAGGGAUCUCCACCUCGCUGCACGGCACGCCUCCUCCGCAAGCUCUUCCUCGUCGCCAUCUUCCUCUGUCUCCGGCGGUCCCGGCCACUAUUCAUCUCUCUGUUCCCGCGAGGCGACCGCUCCCUCCUCACCGUCUUUCUCUUCGUCUUCUCCCUCCUCGUCGUCUUUCUCUUCUUCUUCUCCCUCCUCGUCGUCUUUCUCUUCGUCUUCUCCCUUUCUCCAGUCUCUGCCCAGCCAAGACGGUGAGGCCGCGGGGCAGUGUGUGACGGAGGCAGCUGGGAAAGGUUGUCUCUUGACCGCGCGGCAGUUGUGGAGCUAUCUAGGCCGCGUCGGAUCGAUUUUGACGACUCUGGGGAAGUCUCUACCCCUGCCGCCGUCGGUCGAUCUUGGCAGACCCCGCGUGUCGCCAGCCGAGUUCGAAGGAGACCUUCAGCGUCUCCUCUCGAGCAUCGCCCACGUGCUCCCCACCCAAGAAGGCGCUCGCGACCGGAGCCGCUGGACAGAAGAGUCCCGAGAAACCGCAGGCGACCCUGUGGAGACGGAGACACCUAGCGAGCCUGUCUCCGUCUCGUCCCUAAGGAAGCGCAGCCCGGGGCACGAUGGGCCCUCGCCCCACAGGGGGGAAGGGGAGACGGGGUGGAGCGACUCGGCGGUCGAAAGAGUCCCUCUCAGCGCGUGGCCUCUCGCCCGAGAUCUCCACGGUCUCCUGCACGCCUACGCUUUGGCAGUCACUGCCGCUCUCUCGACUGCGGCGAGUUUGCCCAUCCUCGACGCCGCCGAUGAGUGGAUCGUCGCGACUCUCCACAGCACAGCAUGGUGUGUUCGUCUGUUUCCCUGUUUCCCUCCCGUCUCUUCGGUGCCUUCUGCGGCGCCGUUCGCCUCGCCCGCAGCCUGGGCGGGUGCGGUCGCUGCGCGCAGCUCUCUUCCGUCUUUCAUGGCCUCUUCGUCGCUCUCCAGCGCUGUCCAGGCCUUCGCCUCGACUGCGCAAGGCAGUCUCCCGCCCCUCGUCUCCGCUGCUCAGGCGCGCAUGCCACGACUUCGAGAGGCAGCGCUAAUGGACCUUGCCUGGUCCGUGACCAGCCUGAAAGACUUGCUGUGUCCAUCCGGAGGCACUGAACUCGCUCGCGACUCGCCCUCGGGCCUCCCCUUGUCGCUGGACGAAGACACGUACGGGGCCUGGGAAAGCGACCGUUUCCCCGACCAACAGGAGACUGCCCCUAUCGCGCCCUCCAGCCGUCAACUGGCUGCGCCUUCCACGCCGGCGGCCUCGCCCGGACCUGCCUUCUCUCCUGACGCCUUCAUGGACGCCAUUGCCGAGCGAACGGCGGAAAUCCCUGAGGGCGGUUCGCGUGCGUGGCCGGUCGCCCUUCUCCGAGCUGCAUGCAUCUUUUCUUCCUUUCCACCCUUGCUUUUUGCCCGAUUUUCUCGGAUGAUUCUAAACCUAGACCCGGGCACGCCCUCGCGAGGAGUCCGCUCCGGCGCCUCGCCCCCACGGGAGGGUCCGCCGUCUCCCAGUUUCCCGUCUCCUGCUCCUGCUUCUUCCUCCUCGCCCUCGGGGGCGUCUUCUUUCUCGCCGUCUGCCGCGUCGGCGGCACCGUCGCUCGCUUCUGGAGCUUCGCCUGCCGAGAAGGAGCGCUUCCUCGCCGCCGCGUCUCCAGCGGCUCUCUCUGCGUUGCUAUGGGCCUACGCGCGGUUCCUCACUGCUUCCAGCUGCGCACGUCGAGACGCUUCUUCGCCGUCCGCGUCUCUCCCCACCGAUUCCGCCCAGUUCCACCGGGCUGCGUUCUACGCGGUCCUCGCGCACGCCCUCCAGAGUCUGCGGCGCCAGCCUGGGUGGCCUGCGGAGGCGUGCGGCUUCUCUCCGCUCCUGCCUGCGUCGCGUUUCCAUCGACGCAGUCGCGACCAGGAGAGGGGAACCUCGGAAAAAGGGGAGCGGCCGAAGACACCCGGGAAAGCCGCGUGGGAAACCCGGUCGAUCUGCACUGGCUGUUGGGCAGCGAGUCGCGUGCUCGAGGUCACGCCCGGCUCCGAGCAAGAAAACCGGCACCUCACCUUGGCGUUCCUCAAAGAAACUCUACACUUUUGCCUCCCGGCGUUUGUGGGGCCUGGAACCGCGCCGCAGGCUGGGGAUCCGGUCCCAGACCCGAGCGCAGCUGGCCUGCCGUUUUCGCUUCUCGGCGGUUCCUUUUUGGACGUGAUGAAUCUGCUGGAGGCGAGCUAUCGGUGCCGCUAUAUUUCCCUGCCUCUCUUGAACUUUGUCGUCGCAGGACUCACGCGGAAAGAGGCGACGUCGCGGCAAGUUCCCGACCGGACCGAUCCGCCUCGCCGAACCUUCCCCGGGAUCGCAGACGACACCCGCGCGUGGCCCGCGAAGCAAGCGGGCGUCUCCACCUCGAGGGAGAUCUCGGCCGCGGUUGCCUUGUUUGUCAUGCUCGCCCGGCAUUCAACCUUUGCCGUCGAGCAGCGAGUGGACUCUCUGGUGCGCAGGCGAGCCUCACAUGCCGCGCGCUCGGGAGACGCGGCUGUCUCCGCGACUGCCACGGGGCGGGAAAGCGCCAGUUUCUCCCGAGGCGCCUCUCAGGACGUUUCGCGGGAAGAUCGAGGCGCAGCGUCGCUGAGGCGCCGCGGAACCGGGACAGGAGGCGAGGAAACGUCGCUGGGCGCAGGGGAUCCGAAUCCGGCCGCUGUCUCUGCCUCUGCGAGCGCGUGCGUGGGGGCGUCGUGGGAAGGCCAGCAAGCAGCUCCAGAGGGCGCCUUCGACGACGCAGCGACAGCGGAACGCGCUCUGGCGAAGCUCGCGGAGGGUCGCGGCGUCUUGGUGCGCAUGGUUUUGAGGCAGUUUAACGAGGUGCGAGACAGCGAGAUCUGCAACUUGGUCUGGGCGCUAGUCAACUCCCUCCGCGACGCCGCGACGGAGCCUUGUUUUGCGCCUCUGGGCGGAAGCGGAGCGCAGACGCCAGCAUUCGAUCGGGAAGAAGAGCGAGACGCUCGCGCGGCGCACGCGGGAGCAGAGACGCCGCGGGACCGCGGAAGCAGCCCGAGUGGCAGUCGGCCGGGGCGCGUGGGCCCCCGGACAGCCAAGACGAACGAAGGGGAGUUGCUGGAGCGGAUCUUGGCCAGGAUGCGCGUUCCGGACUUCGAAUGUCCUCCCGCGCACAUCUCGCGACUCGCGUGGACGCUGACGCGGCCGGAACUCCUCGAGACUGCGGAGCACGCGGGGAUUCCUCAAGAAGUCGUCAGUCAGCUGCUGGACAAAGUGCUCGCACGUGUGCUGGCGUCGGCGAACGCGGAGGCGCCCCGAAAGGCUAGAGGACAACUCAGGUGGCCCGUGCAGGAGAGCGGCGCGGUCAGCAGACCGCAAGAGACGCUGGACGAACCCAGGCAGCCUGGGCCGCUGCUGUCGCGCUUGGGGGUCGAGCGUCUGUGCAGCAUCCUCGUGUCUUAUCCCUCGUUCAAACACGCGAAUGAGGACGUGAAGAGCCGGUUCGUGAGCACUGCGAUCGACGAGCUCUGUGACCUCUUCUGCAUGCAGGCGUCUCAAGCCGCCCUCGCGACGCCGGCGCUGUCUCGGCUUAUCGACGAGGCUUUGAAAAUGGAGACACUCGCCGGCGUCGUCUGGGCCUUGAAUGUGCUCAACAGACGCCACACGCUCCUCGUCGCCCUCGUGACAGACCACGUGACUGCGCGGUUGCUCCAACACAGCGAAGGCCACUGGGGCGGCGCGGCGGUCGAGAGGCGUCGAGAGGAUCUGGACAGUAUCGGGGAGCCGGACAGCGCGAGGCAGCGAGCGAAGGGUGGCGGGGAACGACGCGCGCGGGUCGCGGAGGCGUCUUGGAGCCCGAUGGGCACGCGUCAGCUGUCUCCCGGCCGAGGCGGUGCCGAAACCCCAUGCUUUCUCUCGGCGGAACCGGCCAGCGCUGCGCUGUCGAAUUCAACUGCCCUCGUGCGGUUUCCGCGGCUUCUGAUGACGUACCUUACUGCGUGUUCCAAACUUCGCUGUGAUCUGCCUCCCUCCUUCUUCGAGGCCUGUUCGCGCUACGUGGCAAGCCUCGCGAGCUUCGUCGAAGAACUGGCUGUGAAUGGGGACCGCACUCGACGCCAUUCUCCAGUCGUGUCUGCACGUCCUGGCGGUUCGCCGCGGCCUGCCGAAGGCACGAGAGGCUCGGCGGGAAGGGAAGAAACGACAGUGCGGACUCUGACGCGAAACCCUCUAAGCAGGGAAGAUGCAUGCACUGCACUGAAAGCUCAAGAAAUCAUGGCGAAAGAAGGCUGGCCUCUCUGGACCUGCGCCAAUCUGCUGUCGGCGUGCACGGCCUGCGGGUGCACGGACCGUCGCUUUCUGCAGCCACUCACCCGUCUCCUGUCUCUCGCGCUCCUGGGGAAGGUCUGCCUCUGCACUGAGGGGCAAGACCGACAGUGCGGCGGGGAAACGCGGAACACCCAGUGUCGAGACACAGAAGAGACGAGGCCGCCUGCGGCUUCUCUCGGCGUCGGCGCGUCGGCCCUCCACCCCCUCCUCGCCUCCAGUGUGUCGCCGCCGCUGCCGGUCGCGAGCAAAUCCGCGACAGGAGAAAAAGAGGGCGCGCCGUCCCCGCCUUUGGACGCUCUCCCGAGCAACGCCGGCGGUGCGCUCCUCCCUGUGGUUCUCGCCUCAAUCGUCCCAGACGUCCAGCGUUCUGUGGCGCUGCUUCUCGCCGCGUUUUCUCGUGCCGGGUUCACUGCGGGCAACCCCCUGUAUCCUGUGCUGCUGGCCUCCGCCGCGGCGUUGACUAGGAAAGAACUGGUCGCUGCCAAACUGUGUGACGAAGGAGCAGAAACAGAGAAAAGGGACAUCCGGUCCGUCCUCUUGGAGCUCGCGGAAGGCCAGAGUCUCGAUGCCCCAGCGAAUUGCUUGUCGGCGAGUUGGAACACGAGCGUGUACACGAGCUUUCUCGAUUUCGUGUUUCAGAACUUCACGUCGCCGCAGCGGUCUUCUCAGACGCCGUCUCUGUCUCCUGCCGCCCCGGCGGGUCUCUGCUCUUCUCCCUUUCUCCUCGCCUCCGCGCCGAGUCGCCUGCCUGCGCACACGUCUGAGUCGCCUCAAUUGGAGCGGGGGCCUUCUGCCCUCUUCCCCCCCGGCUCGGCGUCCACCGCCCCGAUUGCGUCUUCGCUGGCCGCCGUGGAAACCGCAUGCGUCGCGGUCGCGGCGUCUCUUGGAAUUUCGCCGAGCGUCCUGGAAGUGUGGCGAUUUCUCGGACCGCUGUCGACGAUGCCAAUCCAGUCGACGCUUCAACGUCGGGCGCGCUGGGCGCUCCAGGCUGUCCUCGAUCCCUACCAAGUCGAAAUAUUUGAAGAGCUGCUUCUGCCUCCGCCUCUGAGUGCAUUUGUGGAUCUUCUCCUCGUCCACAAGGCGUCUCAGCGCGCUCUCGCCGUCGAGGUCGAUGGCCCGUCCCAUUUCCUCUCGUGGCUCCAGCGCGACCCCCCCCCCGCGGGGACGGGGGCUGCACGGGAGAACGAACGCAUGGCCGAACACAGACGCGAAGACGCGAGGGGAAAAGGCGACGCAGCGGAACAGAGGUCGAGCAUCACAUGCCUCGCCAGCGGGCCGCCAUCCUACCAAGCUCACAUGCGCAUGUCGGACCUUGUGGACAGGGAGACAGGCGCGACACUCACCGGCCGUCUCGAGGAAUUCCCCACCCCAGAGUGGACAGCCGAGGAAGUCUACUGCGCGGGUGACUGCGACGUGGUGGUCCCCGUCAGAUAUAUCUGCGACGGGAAAACGCGGCAGAAGCGACUCCGACUCGAGCGCGCCGGUGUCGCUUGUCUGCACUUGCCUUUUUUCCGUUUCCCGCCUUGGCAAACCUCGGCGUCGCUGGCCGCCUUCCUCCGUUCCACGCUCCCUCGUAACUGGCUCCGAGCGGGCCAGCAGCCUCUCGCUCGGUUCAAGGAACCGGACUGGGAAGAUCCGGCGGCCUACGCUGCGGGCACUGUCAAGUGCGUGGAGCUCUUGGCGCGGGGCGCCUCUGAGGAAGAAGCAGCGGCUUUUCGGCGCACGUCGGGUGGGAAGCACGUGCGCUCCGAGGGUGAAGAAAAGCCCCGUUUCGCCCAGGACGGAGAGACCCCGAGAGCAGCCGAGCACGUGGAGGCCGCGGACAGAGAGAUGGAGGAAACGCGUUUCCAAGGACUCGAAAGAAAGCAACGCGGCAGAGAAACACACAGUUCCCCCUCUCUCUUUCAGACUGCUCACGGGUCUGCACUGUCGCACCGCCCCCGCGACGCGCGGACUCCUGAAGGUCUGGAAAACGCUCCUCGCGCCAGGCUUCUCUCGUCCACUGCGCGCCAGCGAACGGGGAGCGAGGCAUCGCGUCAGGAUGCACGAGAGACACCGGUCAGUUCUCGAGCCUCUGGGUGCAUGCCUUCGCCGUCUCGGCCACGGUGGCUUUGGGGCGAGGAAACGCGAGAGCGGGAGGCUCAGACAGCCGGCGCUCCGGAGGGCGAUAAAUCGGGUUCUGGUCCCCGGCUGAGAUACAUCGAGGACUCCGAGGAAGACGGGGACGCAGAAGGCGCGACGGAGCCUCGAGAAGGCCAUCACUUGUGCGGCCUCACGAGUGAGCAGCAGGCGUUCCUUCUGAAACAGGCAGUGCGGUCGUUCGUUUCCCCAUUGGAGGAGAAGCGAGCGAAGCUUGCGUCUCCUGCCACGGAGGUCUCUCGCGCCGACUCCGGAACUGCUUCCCUUUCUAGCCUCUCAGAGAACGGCAGCCCGCCGCCGGAGUCGGCCUCAGUUGCGCUGCCAGCGGGGCCGGAGGAAAGCGUCGACGCCUCCGUUCUUCAGCGGGCUCUGUGCCUUCAGAAGAAGCUCGAGGCGUGUGUCUCGCGGCCGCAGCGUCUUCCGAUCCAUCUGCAGUGGCUGCAUGCCCUGGCGACAGAGCGGCAGUUCCAUUUGGAGCGCCUGGGGUACCCGCAGCCUCAACUGCGGCUCUGCAUGCACCGUGGAAAGGAUGAACGGAAAGGCGUCUUUCACGAGCGAGCCGGCGAGCCCACCACAAACCGACCACGAGCAGGUCAGAGCGAAGGCACGCGCGAUCCUGCGAGCGCUGGCGGACGCGAUGAAAGUCCCCUGCGGGUGGCUGACUCGCCGGGGAGCGGACCGGCUUGUGGAGGGGACGAGCGCGGCGGUUCAAGGCCUGCGAGAGACGCCCCUUCCCCUGCCUCGGCGCCGUCGUGGUCGCUGUCUCCUUCGUAUCUGCUUCUCACGCACCAGCCUAUGAUCUACGCCGUGCUGUCUUUGACCGACCCGCGUUUGUGGCUUCUCGCCGCCUGUCCCCCCAACCAGGCGCCUGCCUUUCACUUUCUCCACCUUGUAGACUCGGCCUCCGUCCGUGCGUCUUCCCGUCGUGCCGGCGCCGUCUCACACGAAGGCAAACAGACAAAGCUCCCGAGGCAAGGCGGGAAAAACGCGAAGCGGUCGUUUGGCGGCGCGUCUCACUUUGUGUCCGACGGCCGGCUCGCCGGCGUCCUGGUGGGCCAGACUCUGCAUGCGGGGCGGUUUGGCCAUCGGCGCGUUGCGGAAGUUCUGGCGGGCUGGGCGACAGGCAAACUUGAAAGUGCCGCGCAAAACGUCCUGCUGUAUCCACUUGAAGUGCUUCCUUGUCACCACCCGCGAGCGCCAUUCAAAGCCAUCGCUGACGACAGGCUUCGCGUCUGGCUGCAGCUGCUCACCCCGGUCCAGUGCGGUGAAGGCUACGGUGCACGGACAGAAGACUUUUCCUUGGCAGCGAAAGAUGAACGGGCGAAGGAAGAGGAUCUGAGUUCCCGAGAAAGAAGCCUCCGCGCUAGAUUGCUCCUACCGCCCCCUAGGCAACCGCAGGCGUGGGACGCGGAAGAAACGGAGGGCAGGAUCUCCCCCAGUCUGGAAACUGAGCGCGCUCCAGCUUGA